AUGGCUCCAACCACGCAGGCGCCUGCCAUUUUCGAAGAUGCGCCUCGUUCUCCGACCAAACCCUCCGUCCUUCGAGCCCUCCUAGGCCAUAGAAGAAACCAAUCUGCCGAUGAUGCGGCCUCGCCGAAGCCACCAAAAAGUGGGAUGACAGGCUCAUUUGUCUCGCCAGCAGAUCGCCAAUACGCUCCGCCGACUCAACGGCCGCUGGGGGAGAUCGUCCCCAACCAUGACGUACCUGAUAGCGGAGCGUUCUACCCCGGAUCUCCCAGCAAGAUCGGAAAUGGCGGGCUUCACAAGAAGACAAAGAGUGCUGUUUCUCUCAAGUCUCUCAAAACGUACAUGGAGCGCAAGCCCGAGAAACCAUCCGAAGACCCGAGCAACAAACCGAAGAAGGCAAAGUCCACCAACAGUUUUACCGCUAUCUUGAAGCGAUCCCAGCACGGACGGAAAAGCGACGAAGUAAAAGACGUCCGGGACAAAGAAAAUCGAAGUCCUGCUGAUCCUGCGGACAAUUUACCUUCUCCCAUUUGGACCCAGUACGCGACGCCGACUCCAUCAUUCCGCGAUGAACCCUCGCCAGCACACAGCAACAGGCGGAGAACCUUACAAGAGGAGGUCUCGCUCUAUACGCCAAAAGGCUACAGUCCCGCUCAGCAGCGGAAUUUCUAUGACUAUCACCAACCAUCCCUGACAAGUCGAACCAGCGCGAAGCCUCGCCCGAAAUCGGAUUACUUUGCAGGGGGGGGCAAGAUGAGGGACCUUCUGGGGCCUUUCUCAGGUAUUUCUUCAAGCAAACAAUCCCUCGUCGACCAGCAGCCGGAAUCUCCUUCAGCCAAGGCUGAAUACGGAAGACGCAGAGGCCUCUCAACUCCUGAUGCUCGCCCUGAAACAGAGUUGAAGUCUCAGGGAAGCCCCAAGAAAUCCUCACGUGUGCAAGAGGUGAUAUCAGCCUUCAACGCAAAGGAACGUGAAGCUGAGCUGCACAAGCACCUCAAUGCUAAAGACCUUGAGAGUGAAUUCGAGAAGCUCCUUGAUGCAAGAAACAUUCCUCACAACAUGAGGGACAAGAUGCGAUCCCUGGAUACAAAUAUCAAAGCUGAUUUCAUCCAGAAGGACAAGCUCGAGAGCACUACACCACACAGUGCUGGUGCGAGUAGCUACACAAACGAAGGUUCGAGCCGACGGGGCCGUGGAAACGAAAAGGAGGACCGCGACAGCUAUGACAGCAAAGGAUCUCGCUCGCGGUCCAGAAGUCGAGGGUUCACCUUCAGGGGCAACUCAUCGUCGCCUUCCAAGAAGCCACGUCCAGAGAGCGGCAGCUCUCACCGACGCCCGAAGUCUGCUGAUUUCACUGCGCCUAAUGCGUUGUCCAAGAUGUUGACCCCCAACGCAUCCACAACAUCGCUCGCCGCUACAGCUCACCGCGACACAGCUACUGACCCCUCCGAUUUUGUCCACUAUCUCAAAGAGAUUCAGAAGCCCGAGAUUAUCGAAGUUGGGAAAAUACACAAGCUUCGAAUUCUACUUCGUAAUGAGACUAUUAGCUGGGUUGAUGGUUUCAUUGCUGAGGGAGGCAUGGAUGAGAUAGUACAGCUUGUCUAUCGAAUCAUGAAGGUUGAGUGGAGGGAAGAGCAUGAAGACAACCUCCUCCACGAAACACUGCUGUGCCUAAAGGCUCUCUGCACAACGUCUGUAGCGCUACAGCGCCUGACUGACAUUGAAGCGGAACUCUUCCCAGCCCUGCUCAGUAUGCUUUUCGACAAGGAAAAGAAGGGGCCCAGCGAGUUCACUACGCGCGGCAUCAUCAUCAACUUAAUUUUCACCCAGCUCUCAACAGCAGUGUCCACCGAGGAUGCAGCAGCUCGUACUUCGCGAAUCCUAUCGUAUCUAAAAGAUCCACCAGAGGAAAACCAGACCCUUUCCUUCAUCGCGAACAUUUACCAAUCGCGUCCUUACCGAGUAUGGUGCAAAGAAAUAUCCAACGUAACCAAGGAGGUGUUCUGGAUCUUCUUGCAUCAUCUCAAUGUGAUUCCAGUUGUGGAAUCGGACAAGCCCUCUUUUGAAAACUAUCGCGAGCGCCACUUCCCUGCCCCUCGCCCCCCUGUUCCUGCUGCGCCUUAUGUAGGCGGAGUCGAGUGGGACGCAACUAAUUACCUUGCUGCUCAUAUUGACCUAGUCAAUGGCCUCAUUGCAUCCUUGCCAACAGUGGAUGAGCGAAACCAACUCCGAAACGAACUCCGCGCCUCGGGCUUUGAGAAGGUAAUGGGUGGCACUCUGAGAACUUGUAAGGAGAAAUUCUAUUCCUCUGUGCACGACUGUCUCAGAACAUGGAUCUCUGCCGCCGUGGAAGACGGAUGGCCGCACCUAGUAGUUCGCGAAGGACCUCCUAGACAGGACGCCGGAUCGCCGACUAAGUCUCCGCUCAAAAGCCCUAGGAAGGGCGGAUUGGACGACAAGCCUCCAAAGCUCGACCUAGCGCUUGAUGUCCCUCCUGCUAGCAACCAGGUGCCGCAGCAAAGUGUCCAGAUUGGGAACUGGCUCUGA